GGAAUCCACACAAACAACAAAUAACAAGAGAACCAUCAGUUACUCAUUUGCUGCGUACGCGUUCGGUUAUCAAUUAGUACAAAAAAAAUUUUUUUCGUGUUCCGUAAAUAAAUAUUUACAAAAGAAAAGAACAAAAAAUGCGAAAAUUAUUGACUUUUAUAGCAUUUUUUGCUUUCUCCUUUGAUUUUUUGAACGCAGGAAAUACGGGAAUUUUCUUCGAAGAAACAGAUUUAAUUCUUCCUCAGGGCACAGGGAAUUCUAAACGGAAGCCGAUUAGUAAGCCCGACAUUUGUGGCGACGAUGAAUUGUUGUAUCCCGGAGACUUGGAUGACGAUUGGGUUUGUGAUUGUCGUCCAGCGUUUGUCUAUCAUCCAGAUUACGAUCGAUGUUAUGCACUUCAUCGACAAGGUCCAUGCCAAAGCGGAGAGCAUUUAGUGCUGAAAAAUGGCACAAAAGUCCCGCAAUGCGAACGAAAUACGUGUCGUCGUGAUAACGAAGUCAAAUUUAAGGGAAGAUGUCAUACGUUGGGGAAACGAGGACCAUGCCAAAACAUCUUCACAGCGGAAGUCGUAGAAGUCAAUGAAACCACACUCGAGUUGGGUUGCGUUAAAACGCGAAUCUUUCCCGUCCAAUUAAACACGAGAUUUACUGACACCUUUGAGAUUAACGGAUGCAAAAAAGGCACCAAAAAGCUACAAAAAAUCUGCGAAAAACGAAAUGUUCAAUUUUGGCUCGCUCCCGAAAUGUGCGGCGAAAAUAAAUUACUUUACAAACUCCCGAACGAAGACGAGCGACAUUGUGAUUGUAAAACGGGAUUUAUUUACCAUAACGAGACAGAUUCUUGUUAUCAAGCGCAUCUUCAAGGUCCCUGCAGCAAAGGACAAGUAUUCGUACUGGAAAAUGACGUUGGAGUUUGCAAACCAUCCACAAGUUCAUGCAAGGGACCAAAAGAAGUGAAAUUUAAUAAAAAAUGUGUCGAAAUUGGAUCAACAGGUUCAUGUACUAAUGGAGCUAUAGUAGGCGUCAAUGCGGAAACCUAUGAAAUAGAUUGCGUUGCUCCGUUGGAGGAAUCAAAACCAGGCACAGUUCUCGAUAGUGUCAGCAAUUGUCCGAAAGGGAACAAGAGAAAUAUGGAAAAUAAGUGUUAGUUUGUGACUUUUAAAAUUUCUCGAAUUUUUUAAUAACAAUAAAAUAUUUUUUAAAAAAUAAUUU